GUCAAUUUUCAAAAGUUUGUUGGCUGUUGUUGUUGUGUACCGUGUUUCUUAAUUUUGAUAUUUUAUAGGUGCUUGUUUCACCAAAGACGUUUAUUUAUUUAGCUUAGUUGUUUUAUAUGGUAGAGUAAAAUAAAUAUACAGUGGACGCCAAAAUAUAUAAAAAAUAAAGACUGGUCUUCAUGAAGAAGGUGCGGUUUGAAACACCUUCCAAGAACUUUCUCAGGAUGGACGAUUCAGAAUGCCAGUCUCCACGGCCGUUUAUAGAGAAACGAGAGACGAGUCAAGCUCCAGAUAUUUACCAAUACGAGAGGGUGGUAUAUAGCAAUGAUCCAGUGCAAAGGUUUGAAUAUAGUGAUGCUUCGCCGUACCCGCUGGCAAAGAAGACUGUUUUACCUAUUGAUAAUAACACUGGCCCUAGUUUCUUACCUUCUAAUGAUUUAAAUUUGAGUAUGCUUGAUGUACAUGAACCUAGAACCCUCUGUAGAUCAGCCUUCAGACCCUCAGAAAACAGUGCACCUGAGCUGAAGGUAAGGAUGCAUAUGCAACCGAAUGUUUUAUCGUCAAUUGAAAACUCAGACACUCCUCCAAACAUACUAUGUAAAGAUGACAGUUUCUUUAUAAGGCGAGAUAACUUGGAGAGGUACCAAUCAAAUAUGAAUCCAUUGCAUAAACAAAUGCAUAGAUUAAAUUUAGAUAAAGAGAAUCAUACAGUUGGUAAGAAGAUAGAGAUGAGAAAGAUGAGUGAGCCAUAUGUGGCACCAAGGUUUCCUGAGAAACAUUAUACACAACAACCAAUGAUACAAGACUUAGUACCAACUAAUGACUGUAGAUGCCAUCACUGUAUUAAAGUCCAGAAUGUUCCUUCUUCUAAUGUACCGCAACCUCUGAAAACUCAUUGUGAAAAUACACCACAACUAAAACCAAAUGCCAGUCCUAGGCUUGCCUGCCCUUGCCAACCUCAAAUAAUUACUUGUUUCCACUGUGAACAACAUGUACAAAAACUCCCCAAAAGCUGUAGUUGUGAUCAUAAUUCCCCUCCAAAAUUACCGCAAAAUGCUGUGGACAAGAAAACUUGGGCCAUCGAAAAAUUUGAGCAAAGUAAAAAGGGAGAAUGUAUGGAGGUUGAAAAACAGACAAAUGUAGUCAAAGAGAAACGUGAGCCAACAAUAGCCGAUCUUGUCAAGAUCAUCAAACUGCAGAAUGAACAACUACAGUUACUUCAAGAAAAGGUCGACAAGUUUAUAACCACAAACAACCACCCUACAAUUAAAUCCAUACCAGUUCAGAAUUACAUGACUGAGAAAGUUGCAUUACAAACUAUUGACUCUGAACAUAAAAUAUCCAUUGGAGUAAUGACAAGUUUUGAAAUGGUCAGAACAUCCACUGUGAUCAAUAAGGAGAUAUUGAAACAAACUACUGACAAUGCACAGAUACAAUGCAAUAGAUCACAGAUAAGUAUAAAAGAGGUUGUUUCUAAGCAACCAGUGAAUUUGAAUUUCCUAGAUGGAAUUAUGCCUGUUGCUAAAAGGGUGAAUUCUAAAACAGACAUUGCAUCCAGUAACGAAUCUUUGCAUGAAAAUGAUGAAAUUUCAAGAAAUGGAACAGUGCAACGAACGGGAGUAACAGUAGAAGACAAAACUUUAAAUGAACUAAGUCUAUACAAUGUGCAAGUUGACAAUGCAACAACACCUCUAAUAUCGCCUGAACAGAGCUUGUAUUUGGAUGUUCGAGAUUACAGCGAUUCAGACUCUAGUGAUGACCAGUCAAAUGUUGGAUGGACUUAUUACAACAAAGUUAUGACCCACGUAAAUGGAAUGCUGCAGGACUCGGACAUGCCGUCGUCAGCCAGCGCCCUCUACCGGAAUACCAGGCAGCAGUGUGUGCAGAUGCAGAUUGACAAGACCAAUGUUAGUGUUACUAAAAGGGUGAAGUUCGGCGACGAUCCCCUGGGCAUCCACCAGCCGCACAUUUACGCCGCCAGCACCGACACCAGCCUGAAGAUGAACCAGCUGGCUGCCAAGUACCUCAACACUGCGCCCGCGCCGGCUCGUUUACCUAAACCUGCCGCACCCAUCGACAUGUCCUACGCUACCAGGAAUUAUAUGGAGAAACAUAAGAUUCUACAAGGUUUACCGCAAGCACCAAGAUCACCUGUACCAGGUGAGAUGCCACGAUUUUUAGACAUUACCGCUUUGAAACAACAACCUAAGUUGUUAUAGUUUUAUUUUGUAAGUUACUAUUGUAAGUUCUUAUAAUGUACAGGUAUAUUGACGUUUAUACAAAUAAAAGACGACGUUUUAUUGAA